AUGGCACCCAACUCGAAACAGCCUCUCAAAUUUUCCAAGUUUCUGAAGUCGAAGUGGCUCACGGACGCUCAAGAUUUUGAAGUUAAGAAACCCACUAUCGUUGUAAACAUUUCCAACUCGGAGGCAAUUAUUUCAGGGUCGCCACCGCACAAGGUUUUACGACCAAGAAAGUCGACCAUUCUUCGAGGUAAUUUGCGAGCCUUACUUUUGUAUGUAAUAAAAUGUCUAUCAGACCGUUACCCUUUAAAUUUUUGAGCAACUACAGAAUACAGGGCCAUAUUUUAAGGUCUUAAACAGACGUGGCUCGGUGACUCGGUACUCAUUACAAGCGUUUAAAGAACGAGAAAGACAUAACACAUAUAAGUAUAAGACAGACAUAGAAGGCAUAUAUUUUAGUAUGUAUUAUAAGACAGACCUAGAAGGCAUAUAUUUUAGUAUGUAUUAUAGCAGAUUAUAGGUAUAUAUAUUUUCGUGGCUCGGCGGCUCGAUGGCUCUUCAGUCGAGGUUAUUAUAGUUUAGUGGCUCGACGGCUCGGUGGCUCGUCAGUCGGGACUACCGAGCCACCGAGCCACCCCAACGAAUAUAUCGAGAAAAUUUGCCCUGUAUUCUGUAGUUAAGCCAAUUGGGAGCUUAACAUUUAUUUACUAUGGUUAUAUUAAGCAAGUAUAUUUUUCAAUUUCUUUGUGUGCGAUAUGCAAAUUUUUUGCCUCAUAUGCGUGUCGUACUUGUUUUUGUGAUCGUGCUUUUUUGGUUUGCAAAUUCUUUGAGGAACUCGAGACAAACUUUUUAACACGGAAAAUCUCUCUUUUUUCUCGACAUAGAGAUCCCCAAGCUCUCUUUUUCUUGACUUAGGACCAAUUUUCUUCCCGUUGCGUGACAUGUAUACAUUGCCCCAGCGGGUUGGAAGCAACAUCAGAGGACCAAGGAACGUGAAUGAUAUGGGUGGAUAAAAUUGAAGAUAUUGAUUUUAGUUCCGCAUGGAAAGCCAAUAUUUUUACCCAUCCGGGUAUUGCUAAUGGGGUGUUGCGUGAAGAAAUAUCUGGUUUAAAAAAAACAUACUGUGUCGAAGACAACAUUCUAGUGUUUGUCAACAUAUUUAGUGAUGUUAAAUUUACAUUUGAUUGUCUCUGCAUGAUCUUCCCCACCCCCACCCCCGAACCCGGGAGAAUUUACACAGCUAUCUCAAGAAUCGUCCGAAGACCGUUGGGUAGCGGUAAAUCCUUUGAAAGCGACUUGCAAUUCGGUCAUAACUUGGCAUAAAAUGUCGCAAAAGUUGACACAAGUGUCGCUUAAUUCAUGGAUGAAUUUUUUACAUUUUUGUGAAACUACACUUAUUGCUAUGCGUUAUCGUCGCGUGGGGGUCCUAAAACGUCAAUCGAAGGAGCUGUAUCUCCGAGAACUAGUAAAAACUAAAGAAAAAUUAAACUUUUAUAUACAACGGUUCACGACCUUUCGCAGUGCAAUUUGUGGGCCACUCAUUGAAAACUCAGGUUCACAGAAGAUAAGCAAGGUCACAACACAAAACCAAUAUUCGUUUGAUUAACCUGCUAUGUCAUUUGCAUGAGCUCCAACCAAUCAUCUCGCAAUAAAACGGAAAAAAAAAUGCCGUGCUUCGUUUCGCCUUCUCUUCCACCGUUUUAAAGGCUCAACAAAGAAACAACGAGGGGCAAAAGAGUAUUAAAGAGUUGAACCUUUAUCCCUUCCAUUCUCCCCUCCUUGGUAGAGCUUCUGGUUUGUUUCUGUGCCAGUUUCGCCAUGUAUUUACACUAGAAGGGAACUCUGUAACACAUCUGUAUUAUAAGGCGCGUUCACACCGGGAGCAGCCGAUUAAUCCACUCUUGUUCACGCUUGUUGCUAGACUGACCGCGCCCAUUUUAUAGCCAACACAACUUGAACUGUUUAAUUGUAACAUUGUUUUACUAAGGUGUGAAGAUCGUCAGUGGAGAGUCUCUUGUCCUGAUUAAGCUCCCGGAGGAAGACAAUCUUGGUGGCGUCAUCCUUGAUGAAGGAUGGUACCAGCUAUCAGCCCAGGACUCGACUUACCCACGUGAUGUACCGCUAUACAAAUCACCUCAAUUUGAAGUGGGAACAGUGGAAUUUGAUCCCUACAUAGUGACUGGAACAAAGAAACCCAGCCAAGAAUGCGGUGUUACAAAGUACAACAUCAAGGUAAACGUCUGGUUUAGCCCUGCUAAGACCCACUGCGGAAUUCAUAAUCACCACACAGACCCAGAGAUGCUGGAGGUACACACUCAGGUGUAUGGAACAGGAAGGAUGCAGAAAUUUCACGAGAAUGAUUUCAAAAGUCUGUACGAGGAGGUGAUGAUGGCUCCUGGGUUUACUCACGAUCCGUUUACUGGGGUCAAGAAAAAUGGCGACCUUUUUUAUGGCUGGCAUCAGUACUAUAGUGACACCGACUGCAUCUGGAUGGCAAUUGAGUAUCACCCAGCAUGA